AUGAAUUACCUCUGCGUCAAGGAGGAGGAGCUCCACAGCCAUGAGGAUGUUUCCUUUUCUGAAAUUACGGGCUUCCCAGAAAUGAACCAGACGAACGACAACCUCUCGUCGUUGCAGAAUUGCCCAUCAAUCUGGCAGAGAACUUGGAAGGUCUGGGAUGCCAUGGAAUCUCGAAAUGAAGACGAAGCAGAGGGCAAUAAAGCCGGAGAAGAGGAAUCGAAAUCGGUAGAUCUUGGAGCGGGAACGGGAAUCGGCGGAGAGAUGAACGAAGGUGGAGAAGGAGGAAGCGAAACGAUUUGGUGUUAG